AUGGAUGCCCGCAUCGGAUUGGAGUACAUCAUCGAGAACAACGACUACGUGAACAAGCUGGGACUCGCGCUGGACACCAACAAUGUCACGGUUAAGAAGCAAAUCUUCGAGCUACUGUCGACGCUUUGUGCGUUCAGUGCUAACGGCUACAAGCGUGCCAUCGAAACGCUGGAACACUACAAGAGCAUUAAGGGUGAACGGUAUCGGCUGAAUCUGGUCGUGUCUGAGCUAGACAAGGCGACUGCGGUCGAGUACCAGAUAGCGCUGCUGGCGUUCGUCAACUGCGUGAUCAUAUCGGCCGGAUCGCUCAAGGAUCGGAUACGCAUGCGCAACGAGUUUAUCGGAUUAAACCUCAUACCAGUAUUAAAUAAUUUAAGGCGCACGGCCAGCAGCGUUCCGGACGUUGCCUCCCAGUUGGAGGUGUACGACGAGCAGCAAGAAUGCGACCUAUCCCAGAGCCUCCAUGUGCCGGACGGGAUCGAUCUGAACUCGCAUCUUGAUGUCUUCAAUGCCAUUCUAGCACAGAUCGCCGGCACACCGCAAGCUACGCCAUUUCUAAGCAUACUCCAGCACUUGCUGCAGAUUGACCCGAAGGAGCAGAUCAGUGACAUCGUCUGGGAUACGGCCGAAACGCUCGUGCACCGGGCCACACUGCUGGAGGAUAAGGAAGCAUCUGCCCGGCUGCUCAGGGCACCCAGCGUCCAGAAGUUCUUCACCUGCCCGCACUGCCGGGGCGAUCUGAGCGGUGGCCCAGCACGGCGACCUUCCAUCGGCAGUUCGCUGCAACCCUCGCCAAGCACAACCUUCAAUCCGCCCCCGCCUCAGUGUGCCGCGGCACCUCCACCCCCACCACCACCCGGCAGUGGGUCUGCUCCACCUCCGCCUCCUCCACCACCCCUUGCCGGUGGGCGAGCACCACCGCCGCCGCCUCCGCCGAUGGCUGGUGGACCACCGCCACCGGCACCACCGGCACCGCCGGCACCCAACUUACUCUCCAUCGUAAUCGUGAAACCGCUACCGCAACAGGAAACGCCAGUGCCCCGCGCCAAGAUGAAGACGAUCAACUGGAACAAGAUACCGCCCCAAAGGGUGCUCGGCAAGCAAAACAUAUGGUCGAUUGUGGCCGAUUCGCACCAGGAUAGCCCGAUGGCCGAUCUGAACUGGGACGAGAUGGAAGGGCUGUUCUGUUUGCAGACCCAAACGCAAGGCUCGCCGAAGCUUGGCCAGCGAUCGGGUGCUUCCGGUGGCGAUGGUAGCAACGGUACGGACACACCAGAUGCACGCAAAUCACGGAAGGAGAACGAAAUCACGCUGCUGGACGGGAAGCGGAGCUUGAACGUUAACAUCUUCCUGAAGCAGUUCCGUACCACGAACGAGGACAUUAUACAGCUCAUACGGAACGGCGAGCACGAGGACAUUGGGGCGGAGAAACUCCGCGGACUGCUCAAGCUGCUACCGGAGGUGGACGAGCUCGAGAUGCUACGAGCCUUCGAUGGUGACAACAACAGGCUGGGCAAUGCGGAGAAAUUUCUGCUUCAGCUGGUACAAGUGCCUAAUUACAAAUUACGAAUCGAAAGCAUGUUGCUGAAGGAAGAAUUUAAGGCGAACCUGAUGUACUUGGAGCCAAAUAUACACGCUAUGCUAUUUGCUGGUGAAGAUCUGAUGAACAACAAACCACUGCAGGAGGUACUGUACAUGGUUGUGGUGGCCGGUAACUUUCUCAACUCGGGUGGAUACGCGGGCAAUGCGGCUGGCGUGAAGUUGUCAUCGCUGCAGAAACUCACCGACAUCCGUGCGAAUAAGCCGGGCAUGAACCUGAUACACUUUGUGGCGCUGCAGGCGGAAAAGAAGAAUGCCUCACUGCUGGAAUUCCCCGGUCAGCUAACGAUGCUGGAGAAUGCGACAAAAACCACUGUCGAGCAGAUAAGCAACGAAAUGAACGCGAUCGACACUCGCAUCAAAAAGAUCAAGAAACAGAUCGAGCUGCCGAAGACGGAGGAAGAUAUCAAGUUCCAGAUGGAAGAAUUUCUUAGCGCAGCAGAACAGGACGUAAUAAUGCUGCAGCGCGCACUGAAGCAGUUGGAAGCGAUGCGCCUUCAGUUGGCCGAGUUCUUCUGCGAGGAUGCGGGCACGUUUAAGAUGGAGGAAUGUUUCAAGAUUUUCCACACCUUCAGCGAAAAGUUCCAGCACGCCGUGAAGGACAAUGAAAAGCGACGAGUGCAGGAAGAGCAGGCCAUGCUACGUAGGAAGCAGCGGGAAGAAACGCUUAGGAGAAGGCAAUCUAAUCAACCCGGAACACCGGUGUCGGAUUCGGAGGGUAGCCUGCUGUUGGAUGCAUCGCAGUACGAUCUGCGCUACAGCCCAGCCAUGUCCCGUCGUCGCUUGGGCUCGUUCAACAGUAACGGGGAUGCACUGCUAAUGCGGGAUGAGUGUGCCUCCCCGGAUAUUACGCCCAACGGUAGUCUAAGGCGACGCCGCAGUCGCGUACUUUCGGAGGAAGAUGAAGGUAAUCUCAUGGACUUUUUGCGCUCGUCCGGUCACGAGAGCAGCAAUCGGGAGCGCAAAUCCGCUGCCUACGGUAGUUUGGAUAGAUCGUGGGCCCGCCGGGCCCGUUCGGGCAGUGGCAGUAAAAAGCGUCCCGAUCUGCUGAACGUUCAGUUCGGUGCGGACCGUGAACGACCCAGCUCACCCUCGCCAUUGGCCGAAUCAAAGCCGCUCGCGGUGGAAGAACACAAACCGAGAAUUUCCAGGGAAUGGCGGCAGAAGAUCGAAUCCUGGCUGCAGGCGAACGAGCAGGACGAGCGACACAAUGACGAUUACAAGAAGAAGCUCAAACGGGUCACCGCAAACCGGCGCUCGUACGAAACGGACAACGAAAGCGAUCGUGGCAGCAAGCUGGAUCCGCUACCGGAGGAGAAACCACCGACCGUGACCUCACCGGAACCACCCAGCAGCGCGUCGGCCGCAUCACCAUCACCGUCGGAACAGCAACUGUUCGGUGGACCGAUGACGUACAAACGGGUCUAUCCAAAUUGGCGUUCGGCGACGUCACUCGAGCAGACGGAUGUCGUUGGUACGAUAGAGGCCUUGACAGGUUUUACGGACAGCGACGAUCUGUCUAAUCAGCGCUACCGUCGACAGCGUUCCCGCGAGGGAGCUAAUCCGAGCUCCAAUCUGCAGUCAAUCCUCGAGGAAGACAAGCGCAAAAACAUUAUUCAAUCGUUGGGUGAGCGACCACCAUCGGAUCGGCUGCAGAUCUAUAUCCGUCGUGGAUCGGAUAAUCCCCCGGUAGUGUCUUCGGAAAAUUCGCCCACAUCCGCCAGCGGUGUUAAGAGUAGCGGCGCAAGAGACACCAACGGAGACGAGCACAAGCAGUCCAUUUACAUCCGGCAGCAAGUUGGCAGCGACAAGCAACCCAACGCUGCCGGGACACCUUCAACGAUAUCGUCCAGUACGACCAGUACAAUAUCCGGCUCGGAACUGGUCGGCGUAGCUGGAGGAGAUACGACGACCUCACCGUCCUCCGGUGUCGUGGCUCCACCUCCACGACGUACUCGACGGGCCCAUCACGUGUACGACGAGUCAACGAACAAUAAGAUUGAGAUAGAUUCGGAUAAUAUCGAAACACCUCCUUCGAUCCGCCGCAACGUUGGAGGAGCUGGUGCUACGGGUGUUUCCUCUACUGGUGGAGGUUCCUGCCGACGGUUACACCACCAAAGCCAGAGCGAUUCCAAGGAUUCACAUUCGCUGCUAGCAAAAGAUUCGGGUAAGGGUUCAUCGGCUGCCGACAGUACCGGUGCGGAGGUGCUUGGCGACGGACAGUUCGAUCGGUUCUCGUCGGCAAGACGUACGCGUCGUUUCAAGCGUCCGAUCGAUCUGGGCACAUCAGGGGCGGGCAGCGGCAAUGAGACUACCACUACCACGGCCACCACAGCCUCGCCAUCGCCAGACUCCUUGCCAGACAGUGCGGCACAGAGUCCAUUACUGAAGACCACCAGCAUUACUUCCGUCGGCAACAAGGACAACGUGAAGCACGAACAGGAACAGCGAUUGAAGCGCUGGCAGGAUAAGCUAAAGUCAUCGACAGAUACCACAAAGACGGGUGGUACGGGCACGGCGGCGAACGGUCGAGAAUCACCCCGUUCGCAUGCUGAAGCCGUCCUGAACAGGGCCAGCAAAGUCGGACGCACCAUUAGUCGCAUCAGUCAGGAGGAUGUGCGUGAGGCUAUCCGUAGUCUAAAAUCUCCAACACCCGAACGCACUUGGAGCCCUACUAAGGAUAUCCAUCAGCAACACGCCAAGGGUGCGGCUGUGACUCACGAGCUCAACGACGAGGGUUUCGAGGAAACUCAGAGUCUCGUCUCAGACACACCUUCGCAGGGCAAGGACAGUGUGUCAUCCUGCAAUGAUUAUGGCUCGGACACGAAAAGUAAACGUGUCGUGACGGCCUCACCAGCGCCCGCUACGAAGCUCUCGUCUCACAGCUCUACCGGCAAUCUUAAGACAAACCGCAACAGUAGCCCAAGCAUGGCCAGUCUCCUGUUGGUGAAGAAUGGAAGCUCCGGCCUCGAGCGAAGCCGGUCGUUGCGUGGUCCUCCGACUGCUGUUAGUUCCCCCGUUAGCAAGAAUCUCCUACCACGCAGGACGGCCUCCAUGCGACGUGGUAUCACGACGUCAUCAACCAGCGUGGACGGUUCCCCAAGCUUACUUCGGCCGAUCGCACGUCAAACGCAAGACGUCGAGCGGAGUAAUUCCCGCACUAGCUUGCGUUCGUCUCGCUCCUCGCUGAGCAGUGCCGUAUCGACGAAUACCGUCCGUAAGGUACCACCACCGCUGCGCUCCGGACCGAACAGCGGCAGCAAUAGCACCUACUCCAAGACUUUCUCUCCGCUCUCUACGAUGGCGACAUCCACGCUAUCGGCAAACAGUUCUCCCUCCAAACGGCCCUUGGCCACUGCUACCUCGAGCAAUAUCGGGCAUCGGGGUGCUCCGGCCAGCCGCAGCAGUUCCAGCGGUUCUAGCAUCGGCCCGACGGCAACCAUCGUUCGCAAACCGCCCGCCAAAUCGGCAACGAAGGAGAAUCAACUGCAUUCUUCGUCUGGCGGUCGGUUACCACCGGGCAGCAAGUCGACUAGUAGCGGCAGCCUGGCCGGUUCUGGCACUGGUGGUGGUGUUAGCCCAACGCCGGCCUCGGGACGUCAGUCGGUCGCCGCACAGCAAGCUGCGGUAACCACCCGACGUACCAGUGGGUUCAUGCGUCCAACUACCUCGAGUGCCACCAAAGUGAAGGGCAAAUAGGUAAAGUUCCGAGUCCGAAUGUGCUAAGGUCUCGCGAUGGUACCAUUAGUCAAGUCAUCUCCUCUAUUUGUAGAUGCUCCUAUUUAUAACAAAGGUCUUUUUUUUCAUCCAUCCAUCCACCACACCUCCGUACACGACCUACAAUGCCGUCCACUUGAUUGCAUUUCCGCAUAUGCGCCGAACUAGAAAGCCGAACGGACCAGCCAAUUUGCUAGAAUUUUGUUAUACGAAUAGCUAUUUUCAUUUUGGACAACACUUUGCAAUUGCACUCCAACAUUUUGGACGCACAAUUUCGUACAUUAUACGCUUAUUGAGUAAUUGGGGUGAUAAGAAGGCACACCGAAUCAAAGCACCUGCUCUUAUGCUGAUGCCAGUUCCCUCGAACGCCGGGGAGAUGAAGCGCUAAGCUGAAAACGCCAUGCCGCGGGAGUCAGAUAUUUAAUGUGCUGAGGGCAAUAACGAUAAAGAUGAUAAUAAUAAUAGUGAAAUCGAUCGGUGGCGUGGUAAAACGCAUGCCACCGUAUGUGUGGAACGAACGUGUUACGUUUUGUGGCGCCAUUAGCUGCUUGAGAUAAAAGUGUAUAUGUCCCAGCGCAUGUGUUUUCGAGAUGAUGUGUUAUUUAUUUACAUACAUAUAUAGAUAUAUGCAGUAUGUUACAAACGAUCGACUAGUAAGAGCAAUACUAAUUCCCCUUCUUGACAGAUAUCGAACCCCGAUCGAAUGAUGAAGGUGUGUCGUUGUUACAGAAAUCACUGGUAAACUGAUAGAUUCGUGUUAGGAUAAACUAGUAUACAUUAGGUUAGCUAGCUAGUGUGAAGUUUUCCAGGCGAGGACAUACGAUUCUGACCGCGGAACUCGCUAUCGAAACCGAAAAGAAAAACCACUCCAAUUGGUCACUUAUCGAACAAUAUACCCCUCGGAUAAUUAACGCCAUUAGUUGUGUAGAUAAUCGAUUUUGUAAACUAGACAAAGAACAAACCAACCAUGUCCUAUAAACGAAAGCAUGUAUCCUUCCCCACAUCUCCCACAUUAUUCCCACGCAAACAUGACGAUAUAUCAUGUACGAAGAGACAACCAAGCUAAGCAAAUACUAAAAACGACAUAAUAAUGAUUAGAAGUGCGUACUUUUCAUCCUUUGCCUAUUUAUCUUUCGGAAUACGGUUACAUUUAUAAAUUUAAUGCUACUUUUUAUUACCAUUUUCGUAAUGUAUUCUUGGUGCGGAAAUUCAAAAUUUAUGAUCAAAAUUUUUAAAAUUGUUACGUAGGCGUUAAAGGAAUGGAAAUUAUAUUUAAAAAAAACAUAAACAAAAAUCAAAUAGGUACGUGCGAUUCAAGCUACUUCCCAGUGCAUAUUUGCCAUAAACGAACAGCGCUGAAACGUUCAUUGCUGAAAGCAUUUUUAAUAGCGAAAGCGAAGUAUAUUACGAUUAUAAACACGGCUCGAUCAGCGGGCAAGAUUUACUAAUCCAUUUACUAAUUCAAUUCUACUCUAUAACGCUAGAAUUGCAUAGGACACUGCAACAUAUUUGCGAACUGUAUCCAAUUGUAUGUAAGAGGAUCCCGAGUGAGAUUGUUGAGUUUCCUCCUUUGUCCUAUUCCAUUGCUCCCAAGCCGUUCCAGUACAUUUCGUAUGCAUUCGUUACAUUUUCUAUUUGAACUUGAUUGCGCAUACCAGGCUCGAUGUUAUUGCUCGAAUAGUUGGCGACAGAGUGGAAAAAGUGUUGAAAGAAAUAAAAACAAGAAUGA